AUCCAUAUGCCCUUUCCUGCCGAGAGCUACGCAUUUGGAUACGCAUUGGGAUAUGCACUUUGCAUGCUAGACCUGUAGCUGUGACACAGUGGCACUGGCAAGUUGUUGAGCUUGUGCGUUAUAUUAUAAUGGAAAGUAUCGGAAAGAAUUCUGUCGGUUUUUAAGGAAAAGCUUAUACUUUCCAUACAAUUGAAACCGAUUGCUUCGAAUCAGAGAAAUAUGGGGUCUAUCGAUAAUCUUAAAGCCCGGAACCAGACCUCCAUGCUCUACGAAACAACGCACAAAGGAGGGUACACCAGAACACCAGGAGAAUGCACUUGUCAGGGUAUUAACAAAGUCGAGCCAAGAUACCUCUAGCAUGGCUAUCUGGACCGAUCAUUGUGGUUGUAGGGGUUGGUUUCAUCAACGUUUGCUGUGCAGCGUGUGCUAUGUCUACUAUUCAAACAAAAGGGAGCUGGA